AUGUCGGACAUGACCUUGACUCUGGCAGCUAAGGCCAACCAGGCCGCUUUGCUUCCGGUUCUUCUGGUCGCAACUUCCAUCAACGAGGCCCGCCCCACUCCGGUGAUCUCGAUCUCUUACCAGGACGCCGCUGUCCUGGAGCAGGGUGACAGGGCUGUGGUGCAGUUCACUGGAGUCAGUGGCUCGUCCGCUUAUGGCACUGAGAAUUCCAUCCAGGAAUUGCGGAAGAACUUCCCUUUCCUCAAUGCUAAGGAUGAGAAGCUGGAGAACGAAUGGCUUUCGCAACUCGAAUCCUACACUACCCUUGACUUCAAGGCCAUCGACCCGCUGCUUCAGCGCCUGAACAACCACCUCAUCUUGCGGUCCUUCGUGGUCGGCUACUCGCUUUCGACCGCCGACAUUGCCCUCUGGGGUGCUCUCCGUGGAAACCGCGUUGCCAUUGGUGCAAUUAGGAAGGGAACUCUCGCCAACCUGACUCGUUGGUUUACUUUCUUGGAAUCUCUUUGCCCCUGGGUCUCCGCCGCCCUUGAAAGCCUGACUGCCGCCGCCAAGGAGAAGAAGGUAUCCAAGGCCAAGGAGACCGGUGCCAGCUACGACAUUGCCCUUCUCAACACCGAUAAAGGCGUUGUGACCCGUUUCCCUCCUGAGCCCUCCGGAUACCUCCACAUUGGACACGCCAAGGCCGCGCUUCUCAACGAUUACUUUGCCCACGAGAAGUACGCCGGUACCCUGCUGGUUCGAUUCGAUGACACGAACCCUUCCAACGAGAAGCUCGAGUUCUCCAACGCUAUUGUGGAGGAUCUGGCUCUCAUGGGCAUUAAACCCGACAGAAUGAGCCACACCAGCGACUACUUCCAUGAGCUGUACGACUACGCCCUUCGGAUCAUCAAGGAAGGAAACGCCUAUGCCGAUGACACCGACAAGGAGACUAUGGCUACCCAGAGAAUGAACGGCGAGCCUAGCAAGCGCCGCGAUGCUUCUGUGGAGGAGAACCUUGCUCAUUUCGAGGAAAUGAAGCAGGGUACGCCCGAUGGUCUGAAAUGGUGCAUCCGUGCUAAGAUGUCCGUCGACAACCCGAACAAGGCCAUGCGUGAUCCCGUCAUCUACCGCUGCAACCCGUCGCCGCACAUCCGCACCGGCGAUGAGUGGAAGAUUUACCCGACCUACGAUUUCUGCUGUCCGAUCGUGGACUCUAUCGAGGGUGUGACCCAUGCCCUUCGAACCAUCGAGUACCGUGACCGGAACCCUCAGUACCAGUGGUUUCUCGAUACUCUCAAGCUUCGCAACGUUCAAGUCUGGGACUUUGCUCGCAUGAACUUGGUUCGCACUCUUCUCUCUAAGAGAAAACUCACCAAGCUGGUUGACCAGGGCGCUGUGUCCGGCUGGGAUUCGCCGUUGUUCCCCACCAUCCGCGGUAUUCGCCGGCGUGGAAUGACCAUUCCUGCCCUGAGAGAAUUCAUUCUCAGACAGGGACCCAGUAAGAACAUCGUCAACCUCGACUGGACUGUCUUCUGGGCCACCAACAAGAAGCACAUUGAUCCCGUUGCCCCGCGCCACACCGCCGUCCUCAAGAAGGACAUCGUCAAGGCGACCGUCACCGGAGCUCCCGCCGCCUACACUGAGGACAAGCCCAAGCACAACAAGAACCCUGCUGUCGGUACCAAGAAGGUUGCCUACAGUGGCAGUCUUGUGUUCGACCAGGAGGAUGCUAAGAGCUUCAAGCAGGACGAGGAAAUCACCCUCAUGAACUGGGGUAACGCCAUCGUCCGUAAGAUCGAGACCGACGCAUCCGGUGCGGUCAAGGAGCUGGGACUGGAACUUCACCUGGAGGGUGACUUCAAGAAGACCGAGAAGAAGGUCACCUGGUUGUCCUCGGAGGGCCAGGAGCUGAUCCCUGUGGAGCUCGUGGACUUCGACUAUCUUCUCAAGAAGGACGUCAUCGAGGAGAACGAUGCCCUUGAGGACGUCGUGAACUACCACGCCGAGUCCCGCGAGGAGGCCGUGGCUGAUGGCAACGUCGCCGACCUCAAGGAGGGCGAUAUCAUUCAGUUCGAGCGCAAGGGUUACUUCCGUGUCGACCGGCCCUACUCGCCCGGAAAGCCGGCCAUACUGUUUAACAUCCCCACCGGAAAGACCGUUAUGCAGGCCGAAGCCGCUAGUCCCGAUUUGGACAUCACGUUCCUCUCCCCUUUUGCUCCUGGGAGCAUGAAAACCGAAGACAAGCUUCCGCAGGUCUCUCCAGGUCUCCACUACUGGGUCGGCCCACCCGUCAAGCUUCCCUCUAUCAUGGGGGCCCAGUACGUCCAAAAUUCCUGCUGCCCGAAGCAAGCUAUCGAGGAUAAUAUGGCUCAGCAAGGUGGUGAUGGAGGCGCUGCCGGCGAUGCGUCUGGCGACCCCGAGCGGGCUCAGCAGAGUCGCGUUUCUGUCUCUGAGGGGCGCUCAUCAAGGCGCGUUUCUCGUGUUUCCUAUAAAGAGGACUACGCCAACCUUGAUGAGUACGGGAAGCUAGUGAAGUAUGUUUCCACUUAUCGCGAAGGGCAGGCAGGCUCAGGCCAAAGUGAAGAGGAGGUGAAGCGAGUCUGGUAUGCACCUUGGAAAAAGCGCAGGGUGCAUGUCAAGCGCGUCGACCAGGACGCCCAGCAACUGCCGCCUGAAUGGCUGCUCACCGAUAUCCGUCAAGGUCUCCCCGAUGGCGAAGUCCCUGUCAGGCGUCGUCGGUCGGGAUGGAACGAACUGGUGUCGGAGAAAGAGAAUCCCAUCGCGAAGGUCUUGUCCUACUUCCGGGGCCCCAUUCUUUAUGUGAUGGAGCUAGCGGUUCUCCUUGCUGCCGGGUUGGAGGACUGGGUUGAUUUUGGUGUCAUCAUCGGUAUUCUGUGUCUCAACGCUGCUGUUGGCUGGUACCAGGAAAAACAGGCAGCAGAUGUUGUUGCUAGUCUCAAAGGCGAUAUUGCAAUGAGAGCAACCGUGAUCCGCGACGGCCAGGAACAAGAGAUUCUGGCUCGCGAGCUUGUCCCUGGUGAUGUGAUUAUAAUUGGAGAGGGUCAAGUGGUGCCCGCUGAUUCUCGUGUUGUCUGUGAUUUCAAAGACCCUAGCGGAUUCGAGGAUUUCAAAAAUCUCCAGGACCAAGGUGAUCUCAGUAGCUCGUCAGAGUCAGACAUGGAUGGAGGCGGGGAUGAAGAGGGUGGCGAGGAGAAGAAGGAAGAGGAUGCCGAAAAGCAACAACAAAAGACAAGAAAGCGAGGCUAUCCUAUCUUAGCUUGCGAUCACUCUGCUAUCACCGGAGAGUCCUUGGCGGUCGAUCGCUUCAUGGGCGAAAUGAUCUUCUACACGACUGGUUGUAAACGAGGUAAAGCCUACGCCAUUGUACAGGCCAGCGCGAAAAACUCAUUUGUUGGUAAGACGGCAAGCAUGGUUCAAGGGGCCCAAGGUGCUGGUCAUUUCGAACUCGUGAUGGACAACAUAGGAACUUCUCUUUUGAUUCUGGUUAUGGCAUGGAUUUUAGCUGCCUGGAUCGGUGGUUUCUUUCGUCAUCUGCCAAUUGCUUCUCCUCGCCAGCAGACUCUUCUCCACUAUACCCUUGCUUUGUUGAUUGUUGGUGUUCCCGUCGGUCUUCCUGUGGUGACCACCACAACUAUGGCCGUUGGAGCCGCAUACCUCGCAAAGAAAAAGGCGAUCGUGCAGAAACUCACAGCCAUCGAAUCGCUGGCGGGUGUGGACAUCUUGUGUUCCGACAAAACCGGCACACUGACGGCCAACAAACUUAGUAUUCGAAACCCUUAUGUCGCCGAGGGGGUUGACCUUGACUGGAUGUUUGCCGUUGCUGUUCUUGCGUCCUCGCAUAACAUUGACUCGCUGGAUCCGAUUGAUAAAGUGACCAUCCUUUCGCUAAGGCAGUAUCCCAAAGCAAGAGAGAUUCUCCGCCGGGGUUGGGAAACUGAGAAAUUUCAACCGUUUGACCCGGUGUCCAAGCGAAUUGUGACUGUUGCUACCUGCGAUGGAAUUAGGUACACUUGCACGAAGGGUGCUCCAAAGGCAGUGCUGCAGCUGUCUAACUGCUCGAAAGAGACGGCGGACCACUACAAAGCAAAGACACAGGAGUUCGCGCAUCGCGGAUUCCGGUCUUUGGGAGUUGCAGUGCAAAAGGAGGGAGAAGAUUGGACCUUGCUUGGCAUCCUUCCGAUGUUUGACCCCCCGCGAGAGGAUACGGCGCAAACAAUCCAUGAAGCACAGAACCUGGGUAUAAGUGUGAAAAUGCUUACCGGAGACGCCCUGGCUAUUGCUAAGGAAACCUGCAAAAUGCUGGCUCUCGGAACGAAAGUGUACAACUCCGACAAGCUGAUUCACGGCGGCCUGAGUGGAGCCAUGGCGGGUGACUUGGUUGAAAAAGCGGAUGGUUUCGCAGAGGUUUUUCCGGAACAUAAAUAUCAAGUGGUGCAAAUGCUUCAAGAGCGAGGUCAUUUGACAGCUAUGACCGGCGACGGCGUGAACGAUGCGCCCUCAUUGAAAAAGGCGGAUUGUGGUAUUGCCGUUGAGGGUGCUUCAGAGGCAGCGCAAUCAGCCUCGGACAUUGUUUUCUUGGAGCCGGGACUUUCGACUAUCAUCGACUCGAUUAAGGUCGCGCGCCAAAUUUUUCAUCGCAUGAAAGCAUACAUUCAGUACCGAAUUGCUCUUUGCUUGCAUCUGGAAAUCUAUUUGGUCACCUCUAUGAUCAUUAUUAACGAAAGCAUUCGGGUUGAGCUGAUCGUUUUCCUUGCCCUUUUCGCCGACUUGGCAACUGUUGCGGUGGCUUAUGACAAUGCCUCUUUUGAACUACGACCGGUCCAAUGGCAACUUCCGAAGAUUUGGUUUAUUUCGGUGCUUCUUGGUGUUUUGCUCGCGUUGGGAACGUGGGUGGUUCGUGGCAGCAUGUUCCUUCCCUCAGGUGGUAUUAUCCAGAACUGGGGAUCGAUCCAAGAGGUUCUGUUCCUCGAGGUGGCUCUCACCGAGAAUUGGCUCAUCUUCGUCACGCGCGGUGCCGACACCUGGCCAUCUAUCCACCUGGUGACGGCCAUUUUAGGCGUGGACAUCCUUGCGACUAUCUUCUGCUUGUUUGGUUGGUUUAGUAACCAAAACAUGCCCACCAACCCGGCGGACAAGUUCGUCGAGACCACGAACGGUUGGACCGAUAUCGUCACGGUGGUUCGCGUGUGGGGUUACUCCCUGGGCGUAGAGAUCGUCAUUGCUCUGGUAUACUUCAUGCUGAACAAGUUCAAGUGGCUGGAUGAUCUCGGCCGCGAGAAGCGAGACAAGAACGCGCUCAAGUUCGAGAACCUACUGGGUCAUCUUUCCCGUCUGACGGUCGAAUAUGAGAAGCCCGGCGAGCCACCGGGUCGCUUCUUUUUGGCUACCAGCAAGGAGGAGGAAGAAGUCGAUUGA